AUGGCGCCGAUCCCAAUCACCAUCAUCACGGGGUUCCUUGGCUCUGGGAAAACCACGCUCAUUCUGAACCUCCUACCACAGCUGCGCCAAGCCAAUCCGGCUUACAAGCUCGCGCUGCUGAAGAAUGAGUUCGGCGACCUGGCCGUCGACUCGCAGCUCGCCUCGUCCAGCGCCAUCUCCGGCGUUCAGGAGAUGCUCAAUGGCUGCAUCUGCUGUAACUUGGUCGGCCAGCUCAGCCAGGCGUUGAAGGAGCUGCAGGCGCAGGUCCGCCCGGACAGGAUUAUAAUAGAGACUUCUGGCUCGGCCUUCCCUGCCACCCUCGCGCUCGAGGUGAACCGCCUUGCUCGCGAGACCGGUGACUACACGCUGGACGGCGUAGUCAGCGUGAUCGAUGUCGAGAACUGGAAGGGCUACGAGGACACUAGCUACACGGCCAAGAUCCAGGCACGGUACACCGAUCUCAUCGUCUUCAACAAGUGGGAGGCCUGCGACGAGCGGCGCUUUGACGAGUGUCUGGACCGCGUGGGCGAUCUUGAGAUUGAGACAGCCUGGGUCAAGAGCCGCAAGGGGUGGGUGUCUAUGGAUGUCGUCUUCGGUAUUGACGGCGGCCUUGCGCAAGAGCUGACGGACGAGCCUGCGAGCCACAAGCAUGACCAUUCACAUGACCACGAGCAUAGCCAUGAUCACCAGUCCGAAGUCGAGGUAUUGUCCAUUGUCCUCGAUGGUCCGAAGGGGUUAGGGGUCAAUGCCGACAGUCUUCAGAAGCUUCUCAAGACAGCUUCGAAAGAGGAAGUAUACAGGAUCAAGGCAAUUCUGACUGCCUCAUCAACUGUCCGGAAUUCGGACGAGGACGAGAACAACCCGACCCCGCCACAUCCACAGAAUAGAUAUAUUCUGAACUGGGCUUUUGGUCGCUGGACUUUUACACCUGUAUCCGGAGAUGUUGGAGAGCACGAAUCAAGUGAUCAGAAAACAUUACGCAUGACAAUGAUCUUAGCACGAUACGAGAGCACGAAAUGGAAGAAGAGAUUAGAGGAAGGCGGUCUAUUAGAACUAGACGGCGACGAUAAAGGCAGCUUGUCUGUCACGAAGAUAUCAUGA